GCUGGCGGCAGCAGCCUCACGGCAGGCCGCACUCAGAGGACCGCUACUGCCGCCCCGCCCAGCGGCCGCCUAGCCGCCGCCGCCGCCGCGGGUGGAUCGCAGCGGGGCCAUGUCGGCUCCGCCAGCCGCGGUGCUGGUCCCCGCUGGCGGGGCGGCAGAUGCCGAGCCGAUGCCGGUGCGCGGCCGGGAGCCGGAGCAGGAGAGCAGCACGCAGAUGUCGCAUCGGCUGCAGGCCUACAGCGAUGCGCUGCUAUCCAUCAUCGCUACGGUGAUGAUUUUGCCAGUGGCACACACAAAAGUACAUCCUGACCAGAAACUAGGUGAAAGUGUUCAGCAACUUCUUCUAACAAAAAUUGCAGUCUAUUUGAUGACUUUCUUAAUAGUCACAGUGGCAUGGACAGCUCAUGUAAGGUUGUUUCAGGUGAUAGAGCUUAUAGAUGAUGUCCUUGCUCUUCUAAAUCUGGCGUGUAUGAUGGUCAUAACUUUCUUGCCAUACACAUUUUCCUUAAUGGCCUCCUUUCCAGAGGUACCUUUUGGCAUUUUCCUCUUCAGUGUCUGUGCUAUUGUGAUUGGCCUUAUACAGGCUGUGAUAGUAGUGUAUGGAUUCCAUCACCCACACUUGCUGAAUCAAGAUAUAAAUUCUGUAAAUCAUGAUGCCUGUAAACAUCAUAUCUUAAAGAUUAUCCUAAGAGGACCGGCUUUAUGCUUUUUAGCAGCCAUCUCUUCUUUUUUUUUCAUUCCUUUGUCUUAUGUAUUUCUUGGGCUUGUAAUCGUUUUACCACAUCUCACUCGAUUCCUUAUGUGGUGUAAAACCAAGAUUGUUGGUCAGAGAGAUGAAGAGGAGGAGCAACAUAGCUCAGAAACCUUCACAUUUUACCUCAGUGAGCCUCUAAGUAAGGAACGUGUAGAAGCAUUCAGUGAUGGAGUCUAUGCCAUCGUAGCAACCCUGCUUAUUUGCGAUAUAUGUGAAGACAAUGUCGCUGAUCCCAGAGAUGUUGAGGAGAAGUUCCAUGGCAGCCUUCUUGAAGCUUUAAGUGAAUAUGGGCCCAACUACCUUGCCUACUUUGGCUCAUUUGUAACAAUUGGACUCCUGUGGUUUGUCCAUCACUCCCUUUUCCUUUAUGUGAUAAAACCCACACGAUUAAUGGGACUGCUUAACAUAUUUUCCUUGGCUUUUAUUGGUGGGCUUCCACUGGCUUACCAGCUGACAAGUGAAUUUGCAGAGAAGUCUCACAAUGAAAUAGAAGCCAUUCAGGUCAGCUGUGUUAUCACUUUCUUUGCCAGCAUAUUUCAGUUUGCAAUAUGGACUACAGCCCUCCUCCAUGAAAGGGAAACUUUACAUCCUUUUGCUAGGUAUGGUGGCAAGGAGCAUGCCUUCAUGUUUGCCAAGCUGGCUCUCUACCCUUGUGUUAGCCUUGGGGCCUUCUUCCUAACAUGCUUGUUGAGUGAAUUUAGCACAGCAGUUUUCCAUCUCAUGCAGAUUGUAAUCCCAUUUGCUUUUCUUGCCUUGCGCAUUUUUGUUAGGAUUUCUUUAACUGUUAUUAAGUCUGUGAUGUCUCUCUCAAGACAGAAGGUUGUGUUGCUAGAAGAAGAGGAGGCUUGUUUGUCUCCUACUGAAACACUGUCCUGAAUCUCUGCACACUGCAUGUGAAGUUGUAAUAUUAACUUCAGUUCUUCUAACUCACAUUACCAUCAUAUGUGGAUUACAUUGAUCUAAACCAAAGCCUGCAUUAGCUGGGGCAUAUUUAAGUUUUAGCUGGUCAUGCUUAAGACACUUUUUCCAAUAUUGUAAUUGAAAAAAACGCAUAAAUAGGGGAUACAAAGAAAAGCAUGUUCCCAUUCCCUUAGAGUUACCCUCUUGGAAGAAAAA